CAUAACAUUGCAAGAGGUGACGAUUGGGAGGAUCGGUGUCAUUCAGUUGCACAGGGAAAAUGCCCCAUGAUAUGUCGCCCAAAGGUGAAACGGCGGCAUAAAUAUCCUUCUGUCAAGUCCCCCUUGAUGUCUGCAAUGUUUUUGCUACGGACACUUGCCUGAUGUGGGUUGCUGGAAUCGGUGGUGGAUGUCAAGUGUCAGAUCGUCUACAACAACAACAAAUCCACCAUUCCAUCCCCAAUGACAGUUUUGAUCAUACCUAUCGGCAGUACUUGCUGCCGUUGCAACGCUAGGAAACUAUGCCUGUUCAACAGAUUGCAGUAACACCUGCACCUAGGCCAAGCAACGCCAAGAAAGACUGCAAGCCGAAACCAAGUCCACUAAAAAAGAAAGAUGGGGCAAAGGAGACACUUCAUCCAGAUUCUCCAACGCCAAAAGCCACUGAGAGAUGUGAGUCGAGACUGUCCCUGAUGUCUGCUGGGGUGGAAAUCUGCCGGAUUUGCCACUGCGAAAGUGAGCCAGAUGCUCCCCUAAUGAGCCCCUGCCUGUGCUCUGGCAGCAUGAAGUAUGUCCACCAGACAUGCUUACAGAAGUGGAUCAAAAGCUCUGAGAACAAAGCCUGCGAGCUUUGCAAAUACGAUUUUGUGAUGAGCACAAAAGUGAAACCAUUCAGAGAGUGGGAGAAGUUACACAUGACUCCAGUAGAGAGGAGGAAAAUCGUGUGCUCAGUGACGUUUCACAUUAUAGCCAUAACCUGUGUGAUAUGGUCCUUGUAUGUGCUCAUAGACCGCACAACCCAGGAGGUGCGCGACGGAAUGCUUGAGUGGCCAUUCUGGACCAAACUUAUCGUGGUUGUUAUAGGCUUCUCAGGAGGGAUAGUCUUCAUGUACGUCCAGUGUAAAAUGUACAUUCACCUGUGUAAGAGGUGGAGAGCUUAUAACGAAGUGAUAAUGAUAGAAAACGCUCCGCCACUGUGUAAAGUGGCCACAGUGCUGACGCUCAAAGCGAACACACUGGACGCGGAUGUGGAGGGAGCGCGGGGCCAGGUGCCCAAUUCUGUUCCCGAUACGCCCUCAUCCACGAUGAGUUCCCGGGGUCCUGACUCCGUGAUUAUUACCACCACCUCCCAGCAGGAAACGAGGCCCCAGAUUUGGCAAGACCUGGAGCUCAUGUGACCUCGGGCUAUGGAGGUUGUAUCACAGGGACCUGGAUAGUAGAAGGGCAUGUACACAAGUGAAGUUUGAUGAUGAUAAUAAUGGCUGUGAUUCAUUUUUUGCUCUUGUCCAUGCAACUGUAAAACAGUAAAAUUAUAAUAUUGUUGUUGUUAUUGUUAUUAUCGUUAUUAUCAAGUUGUUAGGGAGGUUGGGGAAUAAAGAUCAAAUGAAAAAGAGUUUAAAUAUCACUGUAGGGUCAUCUGAAGAAUUGCAGAUCUGAAUAUUUUUUUUUUUUUGAUGCAUAGGUAUAAUUUUAUAGAGCUAACAUGUAUAUUUUUACUGAUAGACUAUUUUGCUUAUUUAAAUGGGCAUCGUUCUUGAGAUAAGCACAUAUGACCUGCAUUUCCAAAGCUUAUUUUUAUUAGUUCACAUGAAAAGAGCAUUCAUUCACUAUUAACAAGAGAAGUACAUUGUAAGUCCUGCAGUCAUAUCAAUCAUGAUACAAGAACAGUUCUCUGUCUUGCUACUUUCACCACAUGUAACUCAUUACUCACAUAUCAUUCCAGCAUUGAUGUACAGAUUGACGUGAAAUUAACCCCUGUAGUCCAGAGUGAUAAUCCAUUUCAGGUCAUAACGUUUAUUGCCAAACAGGUGUCAUGCAUAACGAUUACAACUAACAUGUGGGAAGAGAUAAUUGGCAUUUAUUACGUCAAGACCUUUAUUCCACAAAAGGUACACAAGUUUAUACGUAGUGUAUAGUUAGAUGGGUCUGUUAUUCAGCAAGUCGAUGUGCUGUCCUGUUGGUUGAAGACCAUACUCCAAGUAAACAAGGAUAUACAUUUAUUUUUCUGGCCAAAUUAGUGCUCUGUUUUCUGUUUUGGUUCACUGUUUUGCUUGUAGGUGUAUUAUGUUCUAUAUCAUAAGGUACAAGAUAUUCUGUACAUGUACAUGUAAAGGAAAGUUUGUUAGUAACUUGCCAAAGGUUGGUGGUUUUCAACACCUGUGGCAGCGACCACCAUCAUAUGAGUGAAAAAAUUUAGACUCUCAAUAGGCUCUCAAGGGCAUUUUUAUAUGCAUGUAAUACCCCUCUACAGACACUUUGUCUUCUCUAACAUAUCAGUAUUCUUUACUGAUAUCUGAUGUCUGGGAAAUGUACAAAAAGUGUCACAUUAGAGAUAUAUGGAAAGUUUAUGGAAAGCAUGGGAUUCUUCUGUUGAAGCAGGGAAAGAUUACUGUAAAUUUAAUACAUGUACUUAUGCCUUGACACUUCAUGAAGCAAUUUUAGCUACCCCAUUAUGCUAUAUACAAAAUGGCACAGUUUCUCAGGUUUGAAACCCACAACAACACGUCCCACAAGGGACCUCAAGAGUCGUAUUUCAAAAUUUAACCUGAAUCUGAAAUAGUUUUGUGGAAAAGAGCCCAGGCUGAUAACUGAUAACUUUUCACGUGCAAAUACCCAGUAUAAACCUUUCAUCUCAGUGUUGACCUAUCCACAGAAAACAAGUGGGUCCAUUUUAUUUUUCACUCUUACUUCAUGUUCAGCUGAUGUUUUCAUCUUGCUUCUCCUUUCAUGUCCAUGUACAUGUACUAGCAUUAAGCUUUCUUAAGUGUGUAAAAACAGGGCUAUUUGGCCAAUUGUGUCUAGAUGGAGUAUAAAGAAGUUAAAGCCCAAAUAUUAGGCUUUUGGGAUUUCCAGUUCUUUCUGCUUGAUAUAAUUUUGAGUGAUGGGGCCAAUUCUGCAAAAUAAAAUUUGAAGCAUCAUUUAAUUGCAAACUUCUUGUACUCUUCUAGCUAAACUUCAAAAUGCUGAAUAUGUAUUAUGAAUUCGACGGGAGUGAAAAUAAAUUGUUUUGUAGAACUCACGUAGGAUGUUGCCUUCAUGAAAUGGUUCGUUUUAUGGUACCUUCAUGGUUGAAGGGCCAAUUCUGGUUGAAGGUACACUGUACAUGGGCUUAUGCAUGUACAGUGAUUCAGGACAGAUCUUAUAUUUUCAAGCAAUACCAGCAGCUGUCAAUUUAAUUAUUCUACAAAUACAUUUCAGUCUAUUGCUACAUUUGUCAUUUAUUACAUUUUGUCUUUUGUUGUGGUUGUAACAAGUUACGGAACCCCAGGUCUUUGAUCAUCUUUCUAAAUGGCUUUUUAUUAAAUGAUUACUGAUGCCAAUACUAUUGAAUCUUGAUGAAUGUUGAGUACAAUGAUUGCACUAUUUAAAUUUUUGUACAGAGAAAUUUUGAAGUUUCUAAGCAAAAGGACAUACUUGUUAUAGUAGUAUUUUUGUUUUAGUUAAUCAGUUGAAUGCACAGAAACUUUGUGCAUGGGCCAAAUUAUGUGUUGUGAAUUUAUAAGCCUGUGUUUUAGAGCACCUGUGCAAUUAUAUCUUCAUGCACAUGUGCAUUUUUUCUGAUUCAUUUUUAUUCACGCUAAUAUUUUUGUGCGAUUUAAAUUUGUAGAUCUGUAUGCAAUUUAAUAGAAACAUAUACAAAUGGAUUAGCAUAUAAUCAACAGAUAUCAGCAUAUUUUGCACACACCAAUAGGGACCACUUCUUUGUUUAAUAACAUUUGUUAUCUUUAAAUGUAAGACACUUGAAGCAAAUUAUUUACUGUUUUAGUAUAUCUGAUUAGAAUAUUUCUACACUUGUGUAGUUUGUGUGACAUUUAUUUAUCAUUGUUAUUUAAUAUAUAAUGUGAGAUAUUUUCCAAUAUAAUUAUUAGU